GAAACAUCAGCUUAAUGCCUUGAGCUUGAAUACCAUUCGGCUACUGUUCAAACCCAGCAGUGAGGGACAGCACUGUCUAAAAUGAAAUCAGUGGAGCUUAUUCACACUUGACUAGUUUAAAAAUGUUCACCUUUCAGUGAAUAUCUUUAUAAUACAGUACCACUUUUUGGAAAAAAUAAGACAUUUUGUGUUCGUAACACAUAUUCACUUCAUGGCAAUUAAGUAUGAAUUGCACGAACCAGUUUGAAACAGUCAGUGUACAAGACGUUUAUAAGCGCCAACGACACGGUAUAUUCAUCACGGCGGAGGAAGUGUCACACGAAGGACGGAGUUCUUCUGAUAUCCUGUCAUGUUUUCUUCUGAUAACUGUUACGGAGUUCCUGGCAAACGUUACAUAGUUCUUCUGAUAUCUGUAUGACAAAACAAGGAAUCGGUCGACAAAGCGGAUGUUUCAUCCACCAGAUAACUAUCCCAAUGUAUCCAUGAAACUGUCUGAGGUCCUGCACGAUAUUGGGGUCAAUGAAGACAUGGUGCUAAAGACUAGGAGAGCUGAAUUACUGCAAGAAACGAUAACAACAAUCUCUAAAAGAGAUAGUGAAAGUUGUAUUCACAUAUUUGGAGGCAGUAGGUCAGAAGGUACAACAACAGAAGGCCUUAAGUCAGACUUUGACAUACUGACUUGUCUGGACGAUGUUAUAGUAAUACAGGAUGGGUCUGAAUACUGCAAUGAUAAAGGUAACUUUCUGAUGAUUCAGAAUGAAACAACACCACCUGGCUAUUGUCUAUUACAGUCGCUUAUGCCCAGUACAUAUGAAGAUGGUAACCAUUAUGUGAAAGACACAAAUGAAAGGAUAUUGCUUAAGAAUACAGUAAUAUCUGCCUUUAUGCCUGAAGGUUGUCAUAGACAAGGACCAGCAAGCACAUUUAUAGCAUAACAUGGUGUUGUUGAUAAUGACAUGGUAACAGCACUACCUUGUAAAUCAUGGCCACAUUCACUUGGACAUUUGUUUGACAAGCAACAAAAUUCAUGGCUAACACUAGAGACAAAGACAUAUGCAAAAACUACAAAGUGUUUUGUUGUUGGUGUUGGUAGUAAAGUCAGUGAAAAUGCAGACUUUGAAUGGAGGAUUUCUACCUCAUUGGCUGAACGGUGCUUGAUGUUCAAUUUAAAUAUUACUCAAAUAAGAUGUUAUAUCUUAAUGAAAAUGAUCUUAAAAAGAUACAUUAAUCUUGACAAUGAAAGUUAUAUUUCAAGUUUCAUGUGUAAAACUGUUUUGUUUCACUGUAUAGCAAGUAAACCUUCAAAUAUAUGGAAGGAGUGUAACUUGAUCAACUGUUUAUGUUACUGCAUAUAUACACUGAACCAGUGUGUAUUAUGUGGAAACUGUCCACAUUUCAUUGUUCAUGGAAAUAAUGUGAUGGCAGGAAAAUUUUCUGCUAAAGUAAGACAUGAAUUACUCGAAAGGAUGUCAAAUUUGAUACCAUGUGAUGAAAUUUUACUGUCUCAAAUUCAAUGUGAUGAUCUUGGUUUACGACUCCAGAUCAAACUUAAUGAAUUUAGUGUUGGACAUCAUGAAUUCUAUAAUCCAGAGGACUACACUAAUCUUAUAACAGCUAAAUUAUUUAUGUGCAUUCCUGAAAAUAUAUCAGGUAGUCAUAAUUCACAAAUGCAUAGCACAAAAGAUGAAAGUUUUGAAACUUUGUUACAGAUAGUGCUAAAUUUUACAAGGUACUACAGAGAUGGUAACAUAUUAGAAAAGACAGCAUGCAGACUUCUAGCACCUUUAUAUUGUACAUCAAUAGGAUCUCUGAUAGCCUCAGAGAACAUUCAAAUUAACAACACAGUUUCUCCUCAAGCACUUGCCUGGCUUGAAGCAGGACAGGACUCAGAUGUUGCUUCAAGCAGACUAAAGCUAGCAUCUAUAAUGUAUUGUACUGGAGAUAUGGAAACAACUGCUUGCAUUCUUAAUGAUGUAGAAGAACAAUAUAACACUGAAGUUACUGAGCCUGUAUGUGGUUGCUACAGCUCAGCAAAACCUUAUAUAAAGAUAGGAUUCUGCCAACUUUCCUGUCUAUAUGGUGAAGAGAGAGUCAAGGACAUUGUUGCAUUAUGUGUAAGAUUUUACCCUUGGGAAAUAAACUGUGUACCACAUGAACUUCAGUAUGAACUGUUUAGAUCAACACAAGAGGACCUUGAACACAGAAGUAUAAAUGACCUUUGGAUGGACUGUGCUGUAGUAGAUUCCCUUCCGUACCUUUAUUUUCUACAAUACAAGACAUAUGGCAACCUGCAGAGACCUGUGGAACAGCAGCAGGCACUGACCAAGCUUAUGUGGGUCAAUGAAACAGAGCCAAACUUCAGACACAGAGAAACAGCACUGAAUUUACUAGGACAAUGUAUGGAACAAGAGAACCGACCUAUUGAUGCUCUACAGUAUUACAUGUUAUCUCUACGCCACAGGGAAAGAAAUAAUGCAGCAAAAAUUCAUAUCUGCAGAUGUUUAGCUAAUACAAUUUCAUAAAGAUUACUAAAAAGGGCAGCAAUGUUGAGCACCAUCUUUGUUGAUACACCAUGUAAAUGACUCAAACAUUUCUACCAGUUAAAAAAUAAGCUCCAAAUAAGUUACAACAAAGACAUGAUUUGACAUGACCUUUGACCCUGUAGUGUAAUCUUGACCUUUGUCCUAUGGAAAUUUUCUGUUUCAUUGAAGAAAAUAUUGCUGCUUAAAUAUUUUUCUGUUUCAUUGAAGAAAAUAUUGCUGCUAAAAAAAAAGGUUGCUCAAUGUACAUGUAUACAUCAAGCUUAUGGCCAAGACAAUAUUUCAUAUGACCUUUGAUCUCCCAGUAUGACCUUUACCUUUGAGAUAGGGAUUUAAGGAUUGCACUUGAUAACUGAGGAAAAUAUUUCUUCCAAAUAACAAGAGGACCAUGAUGGUCCUGAAUCGCUCACCUCUUCCCACAUGACCCAGUUUUGAGUAUGACGUCGUUUUUUCUAUUAUUUGACAUAGUGACCUGGUUUUUGAGCUCAUGUGACCCAGUUUUGAACUUGACCUAGAUAUUAU